AUGAAAGAACUCAACCGGUCGGCGUCCACCAAAAAGAACAGUUCGAAUGGUAUGAUCAGAAAGGUGUCGUCGCUGUUCAGCCUGGACGCUCAGAUGAACGGCAACGCCAAGCCCGAAUGGAUCGUCGAUGAGAUCGCCUUGGAAAGAGGUGACUCGGGACUGGGCUUCAGCAUAGCAGGCGGAACAGACAAUCCACAGACCGAUGACGAUACGUCCAUAUUUAUAACAAAAAUAAUUCCUGGUGGAACAGCCUACCGAGACGGUCGGUUAUGUGUCAACGAUAUCAUAACCAAAGUCAAUGAUACGCCAGUUGUUGGCGUGCCACAUUCGACCGCAGUGGAUGCACUCAAACGAGCAGGACACACAGUUACAUUAUGUGUAAAACGCAAGAAAAACAUAUUGCCUCUAGGGCCAAAUGUCUUAGAAAUAGAACUCAGCAAAGGCACCAAGGGACUGGGAUUCAGUAUUGCUGGUGGGAUUGGCAAUCAACACAUACCUGGUGAUAACGGGAUUUUUGUUACUAAAAUAAUGGAUGGAGGUGCUGCUCAAGUAGAUGGUCGAAUAUUGGUUGGUGAUAAACUAGUUGCAGUCAAGAACACUCUUCUUGGCGAUCGUAAUUUAGAAAAUGUAACACAUGAAGAAGCUGUAUGGACAUUAAAAAAUACCCGUGAAAAAGUGUUAUUGGUCAUUGGUAAAACUGAACCAAUCACAUACACAGAUUCUGCACCAUCGCCGAUCAUUAUUGACACCAUUCCAAAUUCAUAUUCUACAGACACAUUAAAUACUGUAAAAAGUUAUGAAAGCUUACCAAACAAUGAUGUAAGAACAGUAGUGUUACAUAAAGGUUCAGGGGGAUUAGGAUUUAACAUUGUUGGUGGUGAAGACGGAGAAGGUAUAUUUAUAUCAUUCAUUCUUGCUGGUGGUCCAGCCGAUCAAACUGGGCAAUUAAAAAGAGGAGACACUAUCCUAAAAGUAAAUGAAGUUAGUUUGGAUAAUGCAACACAUGAAGAAGCAGCUGAUGCUCUUAAAAAUGCUGGACAAACUGUUUUAUUAACAGUUCAACAUCGACCCAAAGAUUACAACAGGUUUGAAGCUAAAAUUCAUGAAUUAAAAUCUCAACUUGCUGCUUCUACUGGCACAUUGAUUCGCACUACUCAGAAAAAGACAUUAUAUGUCCGUACCCUAUUUGAUUAUGAUCCAUCUAGUGAUGAUGGCCUACCUAGUAUUGGACUACCAUUCAAAUAUGGUGCAAUUCUUCAUGUAACUAAUGCAAGUGAUGAUGAAUGGUGGCAGGCGCGAAAAGUCUUAGCUACUGGCCGAGAAGAAGGUAUUGGCAUUAUACCAUCCAAACGCCGAUGGGAGCGUAAACAAAAAGCCCGUGAUAGAUCUGUAAAGUUUCGAGGAAAUGAAAGCAAAAGUUUAGAUAGGUUAUCAACAUUAGAAAGGAAAAAAAAAUCAAUGACUUUUAGUAGAAGAUUCCCAUGGGUGCGAAGAGGUAAAGAUGGUAAAUAUGAAAAUGGCCUUGACGAUAUGGUAUUGCAGAGGCAAUCUAGAGAAAAUAUAUGUGAAAAGGUUGAAGAAACUCCUUCUUAUGAAGCAGUGGUUCGGCUUCAAAUUUCCUAUGCACGACCUGUCAUUAUACUUGGUCCAUUAAAGGAUAAAAUUAAUGAUGACCUAAUUUCAGAAUAUCCAGAACGUUUUAGUUCCUGUGUUCCCCACACAACACGAGAAAUAAGACCAGAUGAAGUUGAUGGUCGUGAUUAUCAUUUUGUAAAAUCUCGUGAACAAAUGGACCUUGACAUCCAAAAUCAUUUGUUCAUUGAAGCUGGACAAUUCAAUGGCAACCUAUACGGUACAUCUGUUUCAUCUGUUCGUCAUGUAGCCGAAUCUGGUAAACAUUGUAUACUCGAUGUAAGCGGUAAUGCCAUUAAAAGACUUCAAGUUGCUGGAUUGCAUUCUAUAGCAAUAUUCUUUAAGCCAAAGAGUGUAGAAGCAUUAAUGGAAAUGUGCAAGCGUAUGAGUGAAGCAGAAGCAAGAAAACAUGUAGAACGAGCUGCUAAAAUAGAACAAGAAUUUGGUGAUCAAUUUACAGGUAUAGUCCAAGGUGACACAUAUGAAGAAGUAUAUGAUAAUUUAAAAGCAAUGAUUGAAAGAAAUUCGGGUAGACACAUUUGGGUAUCUUCUAAAGAGAAAUUAUAA